AUGGUGCAAGUUGAAAUUAAAUGCUAUACAAACUAUAGCAGCCCUACAUCUACACUGGCGACUGCAUCAACAUCCAGUGUGUCUGAAAAGAAUAUUGCAUCAACAUUCAGUGCAAUACCGACAAUUGCACUAACAACAUCCAGUGCAACAUCAACAGUUAGAUUUAGUUCGACACCAAGUCAGCAAGAAUUAAUUAGUUGUAUAUCUAAAUUAGAACAGGAUUUAGAACUUUAA